UCAGUAUUUAUUUAUUUAUGGGGUUUGUAUGAUAUGUGCCCCCCAUUAAAUAAAAUAAUUUAUGUCACAACUCCCAGUUUAUUAGUUAGUGUCCCCUCUAUUGUUGAAACGAAAUCUACGUCCUUGUUAUUGCCUAUGGUUGAGAAGUUACACUUCAAAAAAGAAACCAUACAUUUAAAACUCCAUGCAGGUUUAAUUACAUGUGAAUUGGGAGGAUAAUAUUACCACGUGACCACAGCAGUCCAGUUCUGAACUGGUCAGGUUUUAACCUGUAUCCGCUCUCUCCAGUUUGCGGGAUGUUUUGCGUCUGAGCGCAGCAGGAUUACAGUGUAGACUGAACACAGGUGGUCGAUAAAGAAGGGCGGAUACAUUAGUGAGUUCACUUUGUCAAACCAAAAUGUCCUCACCUCCGUCUAGACGGAAUAGCUGCCGUGGAGUCGGGUGUGGAAACCGGGCAUCUUCUGAGUGCCAUGUCCGCCGCCGGGGCUCCAGCUGCUCUUACUUUUCCUCCGGAGGGCCACCUGAAGACUUUUCCGUCAGUCUGAGCCAGCCGAUGAUCACAAUAACGUUUCGGUUUCUGCUGGCGAUAGAUCUGUGGCUGUCCAAACGGCUCGGGGUGUGCGCCUGUGAGGAGUCUCCGUGGGGCAGCAUACGGCCCCUGGUGCGGCUGCUGGAGUUUUCUGGACAUGUCAUCCCGUGGCUCGUCGGCACCGUGUACACUCUACUCCGGGGAGAGAGUGAGGAGGAGCAGGAGAUCAUGCUGAAUCUGGCUUUGGCUUUGUUGUUGGACCUGUUGUUGGUCAGAGCAGUGAAGACUCUUGUCAGACGUCGCAGGCCCACCCAGAACCGCUCUGACAUCCUCUCCAGCUUCUUCGUGGAGCGCUACUGCUUCCCCUCAGGCCACGCCACACGGGCUGCCAUGUGUGCCCGCUUCCUCCUUGCCCAGCUGGUGGACACAGCAUCCAUGCGGGUCCUAGUACUGGGUUGGGCCGCUCUGGUGAGCCUGUCCCAGCUGCUGCUCGCCAGACACUAUGUGACAGAUGUGAGUUUUGGCUUGGCUAUGGGAUACUGCCAAUACAGUCUGGUGGAAAGGCUGUGGGUGAACUGGGACUGCCUGCAGGACCUGCUGCUCCUGCGACUGACAGAGAGACUCAACAGGGCUUAUAGUGGACUCUGGAUGGCAGAUUGGAAACAUUAGGGAAGUGUCAGCCUAUAUGUGGGGGAGAUGUGUAGCAUGAGUGUGUUUGAUACAGAAAUUUCCUGCUGUUACAUUUGUUUAUUGGAUUAUAUACAAAUGUCUUUGGUACACUUAUAUUUUGUUUAUCUAUAUCUAUUUUUAUGUAUAAUUGUGUUUGUUUCAAAAGAAUGAAGAGGACAUUUUGAAAUGGAUGGCUCGGGUAGUCACUGAAGGUUGUAGUAUUUCCUGUGAAGAUGCAUAUGCAUAUUGUUUGCACAUGAUGAUAAUGCAUGGAUAUAACUUUACAAUGCUGAAACCAAAGCUGAAUUCAAUUA